UCCUAUAACUUAAAAUUAAAAGCGGAAGGUCCGCACUUGGUGUUCCGUUCGUGUAGUGUGUUAUCGUUUCAGUGGCUGUUCCAUUUAAAAUCUCCCCUCGUCUUUCUUUAAAUAACGUGAUAAUCUCAAAUUUGGCGUAAGAAAUUUGCCCCCGUUUACGCGCAAACUGCAUCCAGGUCGAAAAAAAGGCGCAUCGUAUGUCAAAUUGGGGUGGUAUCGUAUGACAUCUCCCUUAAAAGAUUAUUAUUAUUUCGCCACGAAAAUGAAGAUUUAUAAAAUGUCGACGUUAUUACAGAUUGUUAGAAGUCCCGAAGGUAUUUUUCGUGUAACAAAACUAAUUUAAACAAAUUUGUGUAAUUGUGACUCAUUUAGCGUUUUAAAAAAAAGUGGAAGUGUCUCCGAACAGCCUCCCCGAGAUUCCACCCGUUGUGUUUGACUCGAAACUCUUUCAGUCCUGCGAUAUGAUUGCAAUCGAAAGUUUCAAUUACAAUUCCUUCGUUUCCGCUGUACGACUUAAUAAAAUCAACGCGCUGUGCACGAAUAAGAUGUCCAAGGCAGAAUCAGUCUUCACUCGGCCCAGAGUAGGAUAUCGAGCAAAGAACGACCCUGGAGACUGACAUCGAUUUAUCAAGAAUUGUCACAAUGCAUUCGCUGCCCUGACAUUUACUUGAUGUUGAAGGGUUUCCAGGGUUUUGAGAUCGAAUUGUUGAAAUUGAAAUACGCCGAAGAUAUCAAUCAGUGUGUAGUGGAAAAAUACGGUGUGGUGUUGAGAGAAAGGGUACAAAACUUCUGAGUGUAAUUUUGGUACUUAAAGCAAGGAGGAGGAGAGUUUGUUUUAACGUUUAAUAAUAAUUUAGUUUCUUACACGUAAAACCAGUGAGUAAUUGCGUUAGUGACAAUGAGUAAUCAACCGCGGAGAGGUUACUUCCAUUUUUCCUUUCAGAGGAAUAAAAAUUGCGACCAGAACAAUUCGGAGCAGCAGGCGGGCCUUUUAAAAGGUCUCUCCAUAAAUGCGCCCGACAACACAAUGUUCAUCAACAAGGGGAAGGACGACCAAAUGGAAAUUUGCGGUUACAAACCUAGCAAACUUCGUUUGGCGGUAACGUACCUUUUUAUUGUGCUAACGUGCGGAUUGCUACGGUUGCUCUUCCAUUGGAUUCCGCAUUUGUACCUGCGCGCGACCUGCGUCCCGUGCCCCGUAAACGAAGCCGAACAGCUCCUGAUAACGGAGCUCUACAACGGAAAGCACAAGAUCUACCAUGUGAAACAGCUGCGCGUCUUGACGCCCGAAAGCGUCCGAAAGCUGAAGAGCGACGACAAUCGGCUCAACCAUCACAAUCACUACGUGCCCCAGCUCGAGAACUCUCUGCUCUCGGUCCACUUCGGCGAGGGCAUCUUCCGGGAGCUGGACAGGCUGCUGAUAUUUACGUGCAAGAAGGUCACGUAUAUUUGGAACCGCGAGGUGUCCGAGUUCGUGAAGCUGCGCGGUCUCGACCAGCACGUGCUCAGCGAGACGCUGCACAGAAGCAAAGGCCUGAGCAUCGGGGAGCAGUUCAUGCGCAGGUUGGUCUACGGGUCGAACGAGAUUACGGUCAAGGAGCUGCCGGUGGUCACGCUGCUUUUCCUGGAGGUCCUGAAUCCGUUCUACAUCUUCCAGCUUUUCAGUUUUUGCCUUUGGUUCGCCGACAGCUACUACUACUACGCCGCCGCCAUCAUGAUCAUGUCGGUGUUCGGCAUCACGAUGACCGUGAUACAGACGCGACGGAAUCAGCGCAACCUGAAGUCGACGGUUCACAGCUCGGACGUCAUCAGCGUCGUGCGCUCAAAGCCGAAGAGCGCCCUGGACGAUCACGCGGAGAACGACGAGGUCGUCACCGAGGUCAUUUCGACCGAGCUGCUGGUGCCGGGCGAUGUCAUCGAAAUACCGCCGCACGGUUGCAUUUUGCACUGCGACGCCGUUUUGUUGACCGGAAACUGCAUCCUGAACGAAUCUAUGCUCACAGGCGAGAGCGUCCCCGUCACCAAAACCCCUCUGCCCGACCUUCCGAAUUUGUACUACAAUUCCAAGGAGCAUGCCCGCCACACGUUAUUUUGCGGCACGCAGGUGAUUCAAACCAGAUACUUCGGCAACGAGAAGGUCUUAGCGGUCGUGAUACGUACCGGCUUUUGCACGGCCAAGGGGGGGCUGGUAAGGAGCAUUCUUUACCCCCCACCCGUCGAUUUUCGAUUCGAGAACGACUCGUAUCGCUUCAUUAUGCUUUUGGCCGCAAUUGCAGGCGUAGGUUUCGUUUACACCAUCGUCACUAAGAUUCUGAGAGGAAUACCCGCCGCGGAUUUGGUGUUGGAAGCCUUAGACUUGAUUACGAUCGUCGUACCGCCGGCUCUCCCGGCCGCGAUGACCGUUGGACGUCUGUACGCGCAGACUCGGCUCAGGAAGAACCAAAUUUUUUGCAUAUCUCCUCGCACGAUAAACGUGUCGGGUUCGAUCGACUGCAUCUGCUUCGAUAAGACCGGCACUUUGACCGAAGACGGAUUGGAUUUGCUUUGCAUCGUCCCGGUUGACAAACAGAAUUUUCUGCCAUCCGUUAAGAACGUCGAAAGCUUGCCUUAUAAUACGUUCGUGUGCGGGCUGGUCUCCUGUCACUCUCUGACGAUAAUUGAUAAGCAAGUAACUGGGGAUCCGUUAGAUUUAAAGAUGUUCGAGAGCACGAAGUGGUCAAUCGAAGAGCACGACGUCUCUGACAACACAAAAUUCAACAUGAUAUUCCCGACCGUUUUGAAGCCGCCGAAAAAUCGACCGCCCGAAAACCGAAUAAUCGAGGACAUCGACCUUCAGAUCGGCAUAAUUCGCGAGUUUCCGUUCUCGAGCAGCUCGCAGCGCAUGGGCGUGAUCGUGCGCAAGCUCGGCGCGCAGAACUUCGAGUACUACUGCAAGGGCUCGCCGGAGAUGAUCGUCACGUUCGUGCGCAAGGAGACGAUUCCGAGCGACUUCUACGACGUCCUCGAGACGUACACGCAGGAGGGGUACCGCGUCAUCGCGAUGGCGCACAAGGAGCUGAAGAUGUCGUACGCGAAGGUGCAGCGAGCGCAACGGGACGUCAUCGAAACGGACCUCACCCUCUUGGGCCUCAUCGUGCUGGAAAAUCGCCUGAAGCCCCAGACGAUUCCGUGCAUUCGGAAUCUGAACGACGCGAAUAUUCGCGUGAUUAUGGUCACAGGCGACAACAUCCUCACGGCGCUGAGCGUCGCGAGGGAUUGCGACAUCGUAACUCCCGGCCAAAGCGUCAUCACGAUCAACUGCGACAACAGCACGCCGCCUCAGCUCUCCUACACACUCUCGAACACCAAACGCAAAACCUCACUGCCCGUCGACUACAGCCUCCUGUCGAACUCGGCGAGCAUACAGAGCUUGGACACGUUAGAAUCGCAGACCGUUACCAACAACAUGAGCCGCACCGAGGUCAACAAGCUCAAGCCGAAGUCGCUGUACAACAACUAUCGCUUCACCAUGAGCGGAAAGGUCUGGGGUGUCAUUCGGGAUUACUAUCCCGAGCUCAUUCCGAGAUUGGUCACCAGAGGGAGUAUUUUCGCCAGGAUGUCGCCCGAUCAAAAGCAGCAGCUGAUCGAGGAACUGCAGAGUAUGGGGUAUUGCGUUGCGAUGUGCGGCGACGGAGCGAACGAUUGCGGCGCCCUCAAGGCGGCCCACGUGGGAAUCUCGCUGUCCGAGGCCGAAUCCUCGGUCGCCAGCCCGUUCACCUCGAAGAACGCGAACAUCACCGCGGUCCUCGACAUAAUCAAGGAGGGACGCGCCGCCCUCGUGACGAGCUUCGGCAUUUUUAAGUACAUGGCGUCGUACAGCCUCUGUCAGUUCAUUUCGGUGAUGAUACUCUACAGUAUCGAUUCGAAUUUGACCGACAUGCAGUACCUAUACAUAGAUCUAUUUAUCAUAUCGAUUUUCGCGUUUUUCUUCGGCCGAACCGAGGCGUACUCCGGUAAGCUGGUCAAGGAGACGCCGCUAAGUAGUUUAAUUAGUGUUAGUCCCGUAUUAUCGUUACUUAUUCACCUUUCGUUAACCGUCGCGUUCCAAGUCGCGUCGUUUGAACACUUGAAGACGCAGGAGUGGUUCGUGCCGUUUAACUCGAGCCUUAAGGACGAGAAGGAUUCGGUCGCGUGCGUUGAGAACUACACGAUUUACACGUUGUCGAGUUUUCAGUACAUUAUUCUGGCGAUCGUGUUCAGUAAGGGCAAGCCGUACAGGCAGAGCGUGUGCUCGAACUACGGCCUGAUCGUUUCGGCAAUCGCGCUCACCGCCUUCUCAAUUUACAUGGCGCUGUGGCCGGCGACGUACUUAACGAGCUGGUUCGAGCUGAUCGUGCCCGAGGAUUUCACGUUUCGGAUGUACUUAAUUCUCUACGCCGGUCUAAACUUUGUGAUCAGCAUUUUCGUCGAGAUAUUCGUAAUCGACUUCGUCUUCUUCAAGAAGUUGCGCUUUAAGUUCCACGACGUUUACAAGUCCAAGCGGAAGUACCUCGCGACGGAACGCGACCUACAGGCGGACGCCAAGUGGCCGGUGCUCACGUCGGAAUUUAAAUCGGCCGCGAGCCCGCUGACCCCCGUCACGCACUGCACCGCCGAGAUCGUCGUCGAAAAGGAGAACAAAUUCGACAAGAACCACGUCCUGAACUGCCUCUACAACAAGAACUCAAAGGUCGGCGUCCACAACAUUAACCUCGAGCUCCUGAAGAAGUCGAACGAGUCGUCGCCGGCGCACAGCGCCAGCAAUGACAGCGAGAGCGACUUCUACCACAGCUUCGACAGCAACUCGCCGACCACGCCCGAGAGAAUCAACCUGAACCUGUGCCCGGCCGAGCUGCAGUUCCGACCGACCGUGGCAAACGGAAAAGGUCACGUCGCAAAUUUAGAAAUGAAUAGCUUUGAAAAUAGCUGAGUUUUACUUUACUUUAGAAUUUUAAGUAGCCUCUCAGUCACUGAUAACUUCAGCGCCCUCUCGAGUGAGUAUUAUAAGGUUAGUGUAUUGACAAUAAGGGAGGUUCAUUCCAAAGGCUGAUUCGAAAAUACGGGUCGGUCGAACCGACCCAACUUCCACACGUGCGCUUUAAUUCGAUUGUAUCUCUCUACAAUAAAGAGAAGGAAAUAAAACACGUUAGGUCUUUUUGCGGUGGGGUUUUUCCAUUUUCAAUAGCUUUAAUCGUGACGCCGCCGCAAGUAAAAUACGGUUGUCAUUAUUGUGUAAUUUUUUGAUACAAAAUAUAGGUAAUUAUAGAUCAAUGUCGUUAUAGGAUCGAUGGUGCUUAGUAGGUUCCUUAAUUGUAUCAGGUACUUAAGUGUGAUUUUUAAUAAAUAACUAACUGUAGUGUUUA